CAACGUAAGUUAUCAAUGGCCCUUGUAAACCCAACAAGAAGAACAAGAACUAAGUUGAUGUGACUUUGUGGCUUAUUGUGGGCACACGUAAACAAUAUAUAUCACUUAACCAUCACUAUAAGAGUUAAGUAAACUACAACUUGUGCAGUCAUUGGAAAGAAAGAACAUCUGCGUAUAUUACUCGUAUCGUGAAGAAUUUGUGAUCAAACUGCAAGGUGGUGCAGCAAAAUAUUCCUGUGUCUCUACAAUCAAGGUGAUGCCAGGUCCUCGGGGAUAUGACUUCUGGCAGAAGAAGCUGGGAGGGGCACGGCUAGUAGUAGCACCAAUGGUGGAUGCUUCAGAGUUGGCCUGGCGACUCCUGUCUAGACGCUAUGGUGCAGAGUUAUGCUACACUCCCAUGCUACAUGCCCACGUCUUUGUGAAGGAUGCUAGGUACAGGCGGGAGAACCUCACAACAUGCCUUGAGGACCGUCCACUUAUUGUCCAAUUCUGUUCCAAUGAUCCAGAUACCUUCGUGGAGGCAUGUAGGCUUGCAGCACCAAACUGUGAUGCUGUUGAUUUAAAUUUGGGAUGCCCUCAGGCCAUUGCUCGCCGGGGACACUAUGGAGCCUUCCUUCAGGAUGAGUGGAGCCUUAUACGCACCAUGAAUGUGAGUACUGAUGAUGAAUGUUGUGAUGUGAACUUUGAUUUCCUAGCAAUCGAUGACCAGUCCAGUAAUAGUGAAGAUGAUUAUUUGGCUGUGAAGCAUCAAUAUUGCUCUGCACACAGUCUGUGGUAUGAUAAACGUGAUGUGAUAUUGCCGACAUCAAUUCAACAGCAUGAAAUGAAACACACUAGAAGGAUGAAUAGAGAAACUAAUGAACCCAUUCUGAGACCAGUUGCUGUCAUGCAUUACACUGCCAAUAUGCAUUUGGUGGACAGAUAUGACAUGCAGACUGGAUUAGCAGAUUGUAUCUGCAAGAGUUACAGGUGCCUGUGCAUGAGCGAAAACUUUGACCUUCGUUAUCGACUGUCCAAGACGUCCACAGCUGAGGAGAUGGUUGCUGUGGUAGAGGAUCUCAGAGACCGGAUGAUGCCCUAUAAUACUGGCAAGAAGCCCUGGACCCCAGAGCCAGGAAGUGAGCAGGCACGUUUACCUAUGCCUCCCUGGCUGUGUCAGCCCUAUGUUCGUAUCCCUCCUGAGGAACACCUUAAGAAGAUCCAGGAGAGUCAGAAACGUUCACUGGAAAAACAACAAGAGGAAGCUGUGAUAGACAAAAAUGAUGGCUUCAGCGGGGGUGAACCAAGCAAGAGGCGAAUGUUAGAAGACUCAGAGGAGGCUGAUUUGUCUAAAAAGAAGAAGAAAAAGAUUUUGAGAAACCCGAGAAAGUCAUUUGAGCCUCCAAGUGACCCAUAUGAGAAGUGUGUAUGCAGAAACCCCAAGGGUGGACGGUGCGCCCAUGGGCUGUGCCGUGCCUGUUGCAGAGUCAAGUGCUACACCGAGGGCCUUGACUGCCUUGGCCACCGCAUUCUAGUCAAGACCAAGAGAGAGAAGGCAGCUGUAUACUAUGGAGAGCAGGAGAAAUUGAAACAAGUGGAGCAACAUGGUAAAGAGAGGAAAGAGAUAUCAAUAUGGCAGUCAGGAGACAAGCUGCAGUCUCAACCAGAUGUAUCCAAGGCAACUCUGACUGAAGAUCACAAUCAGCAACAAGUGUGUGUUACCUCACACCUGCCAGGACAGUCGUUGCAACAGUCUUCAAAAGUAAAUAGAGAGGAAGGUGCAAUAGUAAAGUUCAAUGAAUUAAAUGACAUAGAAAAAAACAACAGUGAGGAUAAAAGUAAUAGAUGCAUCUCACCGUGCAGCAAGAUGACCAAAGGUAGUCAGGAAAACUUGUAUAGUACUAAUCUUACUCACAAUACAAGUGAAGGAAGCUGUAAAUGCAAAACAAACUCUACUACUUGACAGUAUUUUUUCCAAAUUACAGUACUUUUUUGCAUGUCUAUAUUUUUGAAGAAAUAAACAAUUUCAUACCAGUUAUGCUCAUAUUUA